AUGGCUAAGUGGAAGAAAGCCUUGCCGACGAAGUCUCACACGACCCCGCUCCCUGGAGCCGAUGAGCGGAAGAGCUUUAUUUGGGCGGUCCAGAAGGUGCAGAAGCAGCAGGAGGUGGCGGACGAGCUCAACAAGGACCCAUGGGCAAAUUGGGCCUUUGCCGUGAUGCCUCCAUUCACGUCUUCCACCGAGAGUGCCGAGAGUGCCGAACGUGAGCUCCGGACUGCAGCUUUGGAGAACAACCACCAACUGGUGACUGAUCUUCUGCUGGACCGAAAUCCAGGCGCCACUGCCCUGAUUGCGGCCACUCGUCUUGAUCCGACCCUGAACAGGGAACGCAACUGCAACUACAUCACGCGGCUCUUGUUGUUGAACCGUGCCGACCCGACACAAACAGCAGGCAAACGCGGGUGCACUGCGCUCUCCGUGGCCGCUGCAACAGGCAACGUGGGUGUGACAAAGCUCCUUUUGCGGAAGAUGGCGGAGAACCAGGUAGAUUCAAAAUUGCAAGCCGAGCACAAGUCCGCAGCUUUGUUCGUGGCCGCCAGCUUCGCCCUGGUUCACUUGUUGCUGCAGCAUCGAGCUAUACCGGAUGCCGUAGAAAGACAUCAGCUGUCUGACCCGACCGCAUCGAAGGAGGAGCAACAACGUCGCAAACAACAGCAAGAAAGGAGGCGGCUGCUCUUACACGCUGCUGCCAGAGACUGCUACAACGUGGCAGAACUUCUUCUGCAGAUGAGGGCCGAUCCGAACCUACGACCCCCUCCUCCCCUCAGGAGCCCUAACGCGACGUCUCUCACGCCUCUGCUUGCAGCCGCCUACGCGCGAACGACAGAUGAUGAUGCCAAGGACAUGGUGGCGCUGCUGCUGCAGAAAAGAGCUGACCCGAAAGCCACAGUGCAAGAUGCGAAAACAGUGCUGUCACAGGCAUCUCUAAGGGAUUCAGAAAGCCUGACCGGUGAUACGCCUGACAAAAGCAUGGGGAGACGCCUCGUACGCCUGCUGGACUUCCUGUUGCGCAGCGAGGGGGAGGAGUAUACCGACAUGGUUGAGAGUUUGUUGCAGGAGGCGGUUGAAGUCAACUGCGGGCCGCAGAGACUGCGCGAGCCCGUGCGCACCAUCCUGGGAGAGCUCGAUGGCCAUGGUCCGGAGUGGGGGGAACACCUCGACGUCAACAACGACAAGGAGGCCCAGGACGAAUCCCAGGACGAAGCCUCGAAAAUCCUGGCAUAUCUCGCGCAAGCUCCUUGUCAUGGUGGAUGGGACUCUGAAAAGUCCAACCUGGAAGAGGCCAUCACGUCGAUGGGUGGCAUGCACGCUGGGGUCGCCACGAUACUCAAAAGCCACGGCUGGCUGGGGAAGCAAUUCGCUGCACCACCACGGAUGGACGACCUGAUGAGCGACUUGGAGAGCUGUUGUGAGGAUGAAUGUCUCCUGACGAGAGCGCUCCGCAAGCAGCACGAGCAGGAACUGCGAGAGAAGGAGAUGCGAGAGCGUGAGCAGGAGGCGAGCAAGUUAGCCAAGAGGUUUGCUUCGCGUGUGGGUGGGAAUGCGCAGAAGGACAAGGGUGAGGAGAAGAGCAAGGACACCAACUCGAUGCCCAAUUCGAUUCCGGAUUAUGAUUUGAAGCUGCAGAAUAUGCUGUACGCGCCAGAAGUGCAAACAUCCUUGCGAACGCUUCGAAUUUCAGCCGUCGUGGCCUGUGAUAAGAAAGUUCUGGCAGCAGUAGCUGAGACGGCUAAUGAGGAGACGUUAGCCACGGAUACUGUAGAAGUGAUCGUUGGUGCAGCAUGGCUUCAAUUGCGAGCGGUCACCGCCAUCGACAGCGGGCUUGAUGCCUUGGCCUUGGCCUGCCUGUGCCUUGCAACCAGCCGAUGCGGACCCGGACCGGACAACGAGCCCCAGGAAGCAAAUGUGUACGCUCAGUGUGCAUUGGGGACGUUGGCAUGCAUUCACAGCAAAGAGGCUAUUGAAUGUGUGGUGCACUUUGGCCAUCUGUUUGGUCCUGUUGUAUGGAAGUACCUGGAACCCUCGGUCAUUUCCACAGGCAAAGACAAGUCGAUCGAUGAGAACCAGCAAGAGGAUGAGGAGCCAGAGGUCAGCAAUCGGGGUGCUGAAAUCUUGGAAGGUCUUUCUGACUUGCUGUUUCUUUUUGUCGGCUAUUUCGCUAUUCUUGAGCAGUUCAACAAAUGCGGCAGCGAGCUUGACAAGAUCUUUUUGCCAUGGUUCUGUGCAAUGUACUGGCUGCGAUUUGUAUACAGCCUGCGUGGAGAAAGAUGGCUGGGGCCAUAUCUCCUGCCCAUUCUGUCAGCGGUCAGAGAUACUUGGGCAUUCUUUUUUGUGACCUUCCUCUGUGCCGCAGGUGCAACCCACGCAUACUACAUUCUAGGCCCCCGGCAAGGAGACGAGAUGCCAGUCUAUUCCGCGCUCACCCACACAAUCCGCCUUGCCAUUUUCGGAGACUUUGACCUUUUCGAAUAUCAGGGGCAAGACACCGUCUAUACGCAAAGCGGCGGCAACGAAAGCUCUUGGGAUCCCACAGAUCCCAGCCCAAGUGAACUUGACCCGAUGCUCUUCUGGUAUCUGCAGCUGUCAUUCAUCAUCACUGGCAUAGGCAUCACCGUGCUGCUCAUGAAUUUGUUGAUCGGCAUCCUGGGCCAAAACUAUGAGCUACACCAGGGUCGGGCACAGAUCUUGUUCGUGCAGGCCCGGGCGAGGAUGCUCCUGGAGCAACAGCGAAGGCCAUGGAUCCGGUUGGUCACGGAGGUCCUGCUCCCGAAGCAGGAUGCUGCAGUGGCCGAGGAGUUUGAGAUGUCGGAACUGCCUUAUAGAUGGUUCGCGCAGCUGGGGAUAGCAGCCUUAACCCCCUUGCAGAAUGUCCUGCCGAACAUCUUUGAGCGUUUGUGUUGGCGGGUGGUGCAGAAGCCUGUGAUGACGUGUCACAAGUUUGUGGCCCUGCUGAUCCUCGUCAUUUCCCCGGUUCUCUUGACUCUGUCACUUGUAAGCUGUCUGCUAGCCUACCUGGUCAAAUAUUCUGGCAGAUUCAUCAUCAAGCUGCUGGGGAUGACGGUUUUCCGAAUAGAAGGCCUGAACUAUGCCGUCAAUUUGACCCUCUUCGGACAGUUCAAUCACAAGCCCGCCUGUGAUUGCGAGAUCUUGGCACUGGUGCGGAAGGAGACGGGCAAGAGCGAGAAGGAAAGGCUGGAGCACCUGGAAGACCAGCUCGAGGAGCAGAAGGACAAGUUGGCGAGCCUCGAUGGCAAGAUCGACAAGUUAGCGAGCCUCGAUGGCAAGAUCCGCACUUUAACGGGCCUCGAUGGCAAGAUCGACCAGCUGUUGAGCAUUUGCGAAGGGAAGCGGAGGAUGAAGAAGGUGAGACGCGCUCCCGGACAGGAGCAGGUCGAUGAAGACGGCGACGAGGCCGGUGGAAUGGCUGAGGAUGCCCAAGCGGAGGCGCAGGAGGCGAAGAGUCCUGAGGACCCUCGAAGGGUUGCAGCCACUGCCGGUGGAACCCCGUUCAUCAAGCGGAAAACCGCGUGUGCCGACAACAAAGAGUGUCGAGUUCACGGACGGCGAACGUGA